CCAUGUCUCAUUUGGACAACAAGCAAUGUCUUGCUUUGUAGACAAACAAACGGAACCCAUAGUAUGAGGCACAUGCCAUGGGUCGCUCCCAUAUAACCCACACACUCCCCCCACUUGCAACUUCCACUACUGUUCCACCUUUGACCCUUCUUCCCCCUCUGCCAUGCCCCUCUCCACCCCUCCUUCAUGUUUUCGGGGCUUGUGAGAGGGAGGGAAUCCAUGGGCAUGGAGGUCUGGAGAUUCUGCUUGCUUGUGGGGAUGCUGCUGCUGAUGGCUGUGAGCGGCGGGGAGGCUCAGCUCAGCCCAAGCUUCUAUCAGCUCGCAUGCCCUAAUGUGGAGUCCAUUGUCAGGCAGGCUGUUGUGAAGAAGCUGAGCCAGACAUUUGUCACUGUGCCUGCCACACUGAGGCUCUUCUUCCAUGACUGCUUUGUAGAGGGUUGUGAUGCGUCUGUCAUGGUAGCUUCACCGAGCGGCGACGCCGAGAAGGACGCGCCCGACAACCUCUCGCUCGCAGGCGACGGCUUCGACACCGUCAUCAAGGCCAAGCAGGACGUGGAAGCUCGCUGCCCUGGCGUUGUCUCCUGUGCUGACAUCCUGGCAAUCGCUGCCAGAGACGUAGUAGUCCUUUCCGGCGGCCCCGACUUUGCGGUGGAGCUCGGCAGGCGCGACGGGCUCAUCUCUCAGGCCGAAAGAGUGGCCGGACGCCUCCCUGGCCCGGACUUGGACCUCAACCGUCUCUCCGACCUCUUCCGGAUGAACAACCUCACGACACAUGACAUGAUCGCCCUCUCGGGAGCUCACACCGUUGGCUUCUCCCACUGCAGCCGAUUCGCCGGACGCCUCUACUCAUCGGCAGUCGACCCGUCGCUCAAUCCUGCGUACGCGCGUCUGCUGAUGCGAGCUUGCCCGCACGAUGUCGACCCGACCAUUGCCGUCAACAUGGAUCCCUUCACCCCGACGGUGUUCGACAACCUCUACUACCGGAAUCUGCUGAACGGCGAGGGGCUGUUCUCUUCCGAUCAGGUGCUGUUCACCAACCUGCUAUCGAGGUCUGCAGUGAAGAGGUUUGCAGCCAACCAAACUAGCUUCUUCGGGGCCUUCACUACGGCCAUGGUCAGGCUUGGCAGGGUCGGAGUGAAGACCGGCAGCCAGGGAGAGAUCAGGAAUGACUGCACUGCGUUCAAUUAGCAGCAAACUACUAGGCAGCAAGAACAGAGAGAUGAUUCGUUGAGGAGCUGAUGACAAGCGAAUGCAAGUUGUUCAUGGAUCAGAUGCACCAAAAGAGUAGGCAGGAACAGGUUGCAUUGCCGAAGCUGAAUGAUUCCUGUAGUUUUCUGGGUUAAUUGCCUGCAUUCAGUGGUUCGAUAAUAUCUUCUUGCAUUGUUUCUGGCAUACAGUCUUCAGAUAUCUCAUGCAUUGCAGUGCAUGUACUCAGAAUCAAACAAGUUCAUGGAUGGCAUCCAGGUUAGCUGCAAUGAAUCCUAUUUUAUUAUGUUCUUAAUUUGCUUCGGAAGGUUCAAACUUCACCCUUGUGAACAUCCAACAUGUCACAUAUAAUAUUUAGCCAGGGCUUUAAAUUCCA